AUGCAACCAACAUCGAACGGUCGACCCAACCCGAGGACACAGGGUUAUCAAACUUUUGAAAAUGAAGGGACAUCCAUACAGUUUUGUCCUGAAGAAAUCGAAAAUUUACGGAAUAAUAGCAGACAAGACAUCGACAAGGAACCUUCUGAAAGUAACACAUCUCCCAACAGAAAUCAACAAACAGCAGUUGGAAGCCCUGAACCAUCGUCUUUUAAUAAUCGUUACGAAGAAUUAAUGAAAGGUGAACAAUGUCCAACAUGUCGUGGACUUGGAAGAAUACCACGCCAUGAUGCAGAACAACUGGUGGCUCUCAUCCCAGUUGGUGAUAAACGCUUAAAACCACGACGAACGGCUCAGUGGGUGAUGCUGUCGGUACUUGUGUGUUCUGUAAUUGCAUCUCUCAUCCUUUUCUUCUUGUUUCCCCGCAAUGUACGAGCCAUAAGCAAUCAACCUUACUUAGAGCCAUUAGAAUUAAACAUUAAUGUCACAAGCCAGUAUGUCUUUGUCAGUUUUGUGAAUCGAUACAACUUUAGCAAUGAAAAUUAUGUGCCUGUGACUGUAACGGGAGUAACAAUGGCUGUGCAGUACGAUAUGAGGGUAUUAAAUAAGGUGGUUAACACUACAAAUCUUAUCAUCCCCCAUCUGUCUCUCAAGGAAUAUUAUGUUGCUAUGAAUCUCACACUCUCAGGAGAUGAAGGUUAUCUUGCGAAAUUCUGCAAUGAUCCUAGGAGAUGGGUACAUGAUAUGUUUAUGCAAUUUGAUUUAACAGCCAACUAUAGUUACUUGGGCCACACUGAACAGACGACUCUUACUACUUACCAACAUGUCAGUUGUGGUAAUGAUACCAAAUCUCAUUCUUGGGGUUAA